CACGCAUGCGUCAUUCUUUGUCUCACUCAUACAAAUCCAUCAAGUAUCACGAAACUCAACAAACAAAAAUUUGGAAAAAAGUCCCAAUUUCUCGCGUAAAUCCGUGCAAAAAGAGUCUUUUGAAUGCGCUUCACAGGUGAAAAUCCAUCAGCAAAAGCUAACCAAUUUAGCAACAUGAGCCACGAAGACGACGUAGACUUGAGUGAUGAUGGCGAUGACUCCGAUUCUCAGAGCAAAAAUGGAUCAAGACAGGCAGGAGGUCAAUAUUUUUCACAGGCUGAGAAACGAGCACAUCACAAUGCGCUCGAACGCAAACGACGCGACCACAUAAAAGACAGUUUCACAUCUCUGCGGGACUCGGUACCUUCGUUGCAAGGCGAAAAGGCAAGUCGUGCACAAAUCCUGAAAAAGGCAGCGGAAUACAUCCAGUUUAUGCGACGCAAGAAUAGUUCCCACCAACAAGACAUCGACGAUCUGAAACGACAGAAUUCGAUGCUCGAAACGCAAAUUCGCACCCUUGAACGUGCACGAACAACGGGCAAUUUCGAUGCAGCUGAACUCGGUUUGGCUGCCGUCAAAUCGGAAAGUGAAUCUUCCGAAGAGGGCGAUGAAGCAGCGGGCGUUGCCGGCGCCGCGCGACGCAGUAAAAAACUCAAACCAAAUACGUAUGUUGGAUAAAUUUUGCGCUAACUUUAUGCAAUAAGGUCGCUCGCUUAAUAAAAAAAAAAAUGAACACAAAAAAGAGCGACAUGGACAGUUUAAUUUUUUUUUAUAAGUAAAUUUCUUAAGUAAGAGGAACAAAUCAUCAAAAAAACGCGAGAAAACGAGCAAAAACGAGAAAAAAAAUAUUUUUUCAAAGAUAUUGCAUUUUAGGUUGUACUUUUUUUUCAUUAAUUAAUCAUUAAAGUAAAAAAUAGGAUAGUUCAAAGCAAAAAUAGUCCUUGAAUGUCUUUCUAAUAAAUAAACAUAAAAAAACACAAAACUCUAAAAAUAGGAAAAUUAUUAAGAAGAUGUCUCAAUUAUUUGUAACUACUUACAAACAUUUGUUUCUUUUUUUUUACCGAAAUUGAAGUUUUUCGUUUUAACACUUUGAAAUUUUUGUUUAGACAUGAAUUCUCUCAUCAUUACUUUUUCAAAGCGCUAAUUAGUGUUAACGUUUUACAUUAUUAAGUUCUAUUAUAAUUUUUUUUUUCAAGUUUUUACAUUGGUAUAAAAUUUGUAUGAUUAAU